AUGUCCCGGGAGAGUGAAGACUCUCCAGAGGUCGAGCGGCAGACUCCAAACCCCUCCAACACUCAGUCUACAUCAGCCCCAACAAUUCCCCCAAUGCAAGGGUACAUCCAGCCACCUUCCGGGGACACCAAUCGUCCCUUCCUUCGAAUGGCAGGUCAACAUCAUCUGGCCUCACCCACUCCAUCUCCAACUCGGUCAGUUCAACGAGAGAUCGUGUCACCUCGACCCAGAUUACCUUCCUCGAUAUCCACGUUGCUCAAUCAACCUGAGCUCCAUCCACCACCACUCGAUCCAGCUACACCUCAAAGAGGUCGAGAAUCGGUAAUGGUAUCGACAACAAGACGAUCCAGCGCUUCCCCUCCUCGGCAGCAUCAACGAGCUGACAUACCUUCAUCCGUCUCAUCACGAUCUGCAUAUCCGAUUCAACCAAGCAUACGAACGCAGCGGCAUUCAUUCCACUCGUCUGAUAUCGUUCGACCGACACUUCCACCCAGACAGAACGUUCAGACUUUCCCCCCUAGUCGUAGUCGCCCCACCUCACCUCCUCAAAUCGUCCAGGAGCACGACUCACGGAGAUACGAUCGCAGUCUUCCUCAUCUAUCGGAAACAUCGAUUGGACAAGUACUAUCUCCUCUCAGGCCGCACUUCCCUAGAGUCAUCACGCAUGAAGACCGUUCAAGCUACCCAAGGCCUCUCGAUCGUAGAUCAAACGCACAAGAGAUGCAUAGAAGUGCAACCUAUCCGUCUCAGGGCUCGCCUCGCUCAGUCCCACAGCCUCAAGCUCCAGCUACAUCGAGGGACAACGCAUAUAUUGAAGAUCCUCAACAUCGCUUGACUGGUCAGAAAGCUAGUGACCCUCUUUCAGAAAGCUGGAAGACUCGAGGUCGAACACCCAUGCGUGAUAGAGCGGGGUGGACACAAUCGGAGAUAGCCCGGUAUCAAGAGGGUUAUAACGAUGCUAUGAGUGUCAUGCUGAGCGGAACAGGUAGUGGCGGGGCCGAUGCAGGGCACCGAAUAAAUAUGCAUGAUCAUCCACAAACAGCAUAUCAAACGCCAGUAAUCUCUGGGCAUCCUCAUCCUACAGCCGAUGUUCCGCCUCCGCAACCUCCUCAGGUAUAUCAUCAUCAACCGCGAUAUCGGAAUGAGAGCCUCAGGAUCGAUCCAUCCCUUCAACGACCAACGACUCACCGACGACAAAGCCAAUCUUCCUCUAAUAUCCCCACUCCUACCGUGUCAACACCGCUACACAAGAUCCAUCCUCCUCCAGCAUCCGACUAUUUUGGCAGAGCUUUCCAUCACUCCCAUCCUGGUUCUUCCGAUCAUCCUCCUGCUAAGAGACCUAAAAGACAACAGAUCUCCUGUUACCCCUGUCGACAGCGGAAGUUGAGAUGCGAUGGUAAGACACCUUGUGCUCAGUGUUCUCGAAGGCAUAUCGAUGGCCAGUGUCGUUAUGCCGAUAGGAUCAGGAGGAGAGGUAGAGGUAAAAAGGUGAACGAAGAUGAGCAAGGGACGGGUGAUAGUGAAGAGCAUGACGAUGAGGGCGAGGAGAUCAAUCAAGCUGAAUCAAGCAUGAUGGCUCAGCGGCGGCUAGGUGGUGCAAGCCUCCACGAGGAGGAGAGAGACGAAAUCGAUGGUGAUAUGUCAUUGGAUAGUGCGAUGGAAUCUGGUAGUCGACCAUCAGGAAUUGGUAGUCCCGGAAGAUACCCAUCUUCUGGUCCUGCUGAUGAAGUUGAAGGUGGAGUUGAAGGAAAGGAGUACUGA